UGUCUCCACGGAAACGCUGACCGGAAGUAUGGUGCGCGGGCGGGAAGUUGAAGGUCCAAACAUUUCAAAUACGUGCAUGUUAUUAUUUAUAUUUUCCGGGUAGUCUGUGGAAGUAAAGCUGCGCUCCAAGUGGAGUAAAGCAGGUUUAAUAGUGUAAGCCGCCAAACGUUGUUUACUUCUAAAGCAAACUAAGUCGUCGUUGUUGCUAACUUUAGCUAGCUCGACUUUUGCUGUUAACUGGGAUGGCGGAUAGAAAUCUGGUGAAAGAACUGAAACGCUGGGCCACUGAGGAAUUCAAUCUGCCUCCAGACAGCCUGCCCAAUGACAACUAUUUAAAAACACUAUGUGUUGGGAGUGGAAAGUCAAUAUGGAAAUACAUGAUCCAACACGUCUUCCAACAGAGGAAUGUGAGGAUCAUGCGAGGCAAUCUUCAGUGGUACAAAAUACUACAAGACAAGGAGUUGAUUCAAACUCAAGGCCAAAGUGAGGCAGCAAAACGGAAAGAGCUUCAGACCAAAAUAGAGCAGCUGAGAGCCGAGAUCAGUCAACUGGACUCUUGGAUCAGGGGAACCGAGGAACAAAUGGCCACACAAGAGCAAUCUAUCAAUCGCAUCUGGACUAAAAUAGAGGAAAGCCAGACCCGAGAACUGCUCCUGAAGGCGUUCAGACAGCGCAGCGUCCUCAGCCGUAAGGCUCUCUCUGACGAUGUGCAGAAGAUAAGCGGCCGCUGCCUGGUGCUGGAGCAGAUGGAGAGGAAAGCCGAGACUGAGGUGUCGUUUGAGGACGAGUCCUCCAGCAGCGUAGCUGAGGGCCUCAAUUCAAAGGCGGCAGCAGUGCCUCAAGUCCUGCGUGAGCUGAGGGAGCUGAGCGAAGACAGGAUCCACUUCUUCCGCUGUUUACAGGAGAGCGAAGUGAAAGUGCAGCACUCUGCACCCAGAAGCAUGACUCGUGAACAGAGGACGGCUGUGUUUCAGCACUGGCUCAGUACUGCUGAGAAAGUGUUGAGCAGCUACCCUCCAGGCCAUGUCCUCUCAGCGCUGCAGCAUUUAGCUGUAACAGAGCUAAAGUCUCUGCAGGACAUACUAGCUUCUUUGAAUGUGACGCAGGACGUGGCCACUCUGCGAUUCCGAUUUGAAAGCGAUCACCUUUUGGAUAUCUCAGCAGAGGAGUGUGAUGAGUUACCACCUGUCAAGACUCUCCUAGAGGCUGCUUGGGAAGAGGUGCAGCAGAGUCAGAUGGAGCUGUCCCAAACUCGGUCCAGAGUCCAGCAGCUCAAGAAUGUGUUGAAGGCUCGUAAGAAAGAGGCUGAGCAAGAGGUGUCUGGUAUCGCAGACGGAAACCUCAAUGACAGUUUAGCACUGUCAGCGUUGGAGGUGGAACUGCAGUGUGUAAUGCAGGCAGCAGCUCGGGAUCAUAUCAGAGAUUGCUGUAUUCAACUCGACCAACAUGCCAGGAACCGUCAGGAGGCACUGAGAAAUCUUCGCAGUCAGUGGCAGAGCAUUCUGGACUUCAGAGACCUAGUGGCUCUAAGGCAGGAGCAAUUGAGAGGUCUGAUAAAGGGGAACUCCUCAGCUAAAAUGCAGCUGAUUAAUCUUCAUAAAGAGUUGCAGGAAUUUAUUGAGGAAAAGCUUGUGCCACAGUUUGAGGACGUAGUAGGUGCAGCCAGCGGUCUACGAAACUCUGUUUCUAAAGAGGCCAAACAGUUUGGAGUAGUUUCGCUUCUUGCUUUGGACCGCAGGACUGUGGAUGGAGUACAAAGAGUUCCUGCGUCGUGGUUGUCCAUUCACCGCUUGCAGGCCUCCAGCUUCAACAGCCUGCGUCAGAGCCUGGCGUUCCCCUUCUAUAAGGCUCCAGAGGAGUUGUGCUCCCAGUUGCAAUCCCAGCAGCUUGAGCUGCAUUUUCUGCGGGAGUUGCUGCAGCUUUACUCUGCCACGAUGCAGAAAGUGGAAAAGGACUCUGAACAACUGCGUGCAUCUGAUCAAAAAGCUUUGUUGUCCAAAGUCAAGGAGGAGGAUCAAAAACUUCUGAAAUCUUUGCUACCAAGAGCCAGAGGUCUCGCCAACCGCUGUAGUCAGGGUCUUUCUUAUGGAGCCCAAGUCAAGACCGCCAUCUCCUACUGGUGGGACAAACCAGCCCAGCGUGUUCUACCUGAGCUCAGUAAAGGAGGACUGACUUUCCAGCAGUGGCUUCAGAGGUGGAAACUUGCAGCAAAAGCUUCAUAGUUUUUUCCCUCAAGGGUUCAAAACUAGAGGAACUGCUUUAGUCUCCUCUUUAAAUACAAAAUUACUCCACUGAGUUGACAAAAUCCAAAAUAUAAUUAAAAUUACUGUCAUUUUCCCCAUGUGUUUUACAUUUGUUGUUGCUCCUAAUAUUUGUCAUCGUGUUUUACAUAAUACAUUAAAAUUACACCUUUUUAAAUGCA